AUGACUUUCAUAAUGCAGCUCAUCAAUGAGAGCACAUUAAAAUCUCAACUGAUUAAACUAAGAUGCCAUUUUACUUGGGAUCUGCAUGAGAAAGAAGGAGACAUUAUUUCAAUGGAGGAAAAAGUGAGUGGCCAGCAAGAAUAUUUGGUUACCGAGUAUAAAUAUAUGGUGUACAAUCUGAUGGCAUAUUUAAAACAUAUGCAAGGUCAUUCUGAUGAUGCCAUUGCCAAUCUAGAAGAAGCUGAGAAGAUUUGUCUGUCUAAUUCAACUCAAACAAGUGCUAACCUUCUGGUCAUUUAUGGUAACUGUGCAUGGGUAUAUUACAAAUUAAACCAGUCUGAAAAGUCUCAGCACUAUAUUGACAAAGUGAAUAAAAUUUACACAGAACUACAGCUCUCAACAGACCCGGAGUUUAGUAUUCCUGAAAUAUACGGUGAACAGGGAUGGUCGUUUUUGCAGUACGGUGAACAAUAUUAUGAGAAAGCCAAAGAGUGUUUUGAAAAAGCACUUGAAGAAGCCCCUGAUGAUCCUGAAUGGAACUCUGGCUAUGCCACUGCGGUUUAUCGAUUUGCAUCUUUACCAAAUGUAAACUACGAUCAAGAUUUAUUACAGCCAUUGGAACGAGCAAUAGAACUAAACCCAAAGGAUACUGUACUUAAGGCACUUCUUGGUUUGACGUUACAGGACCUGAACAGACAAGACGAAGGACUAAAAUAUAUUGAAGAGGCUAUAGAUGAAAAGCCGGAUUUUCCAUAUUUACUUCGCUAUGUUGCAAAAUUUUAUAGAAGAGCAGGGAUGAUUGAUGAAGCUCUCAAUAUUCUAUCAAGAGCAUUGAAUUUACUUCCUACGUCUGCAUUUCUUCAUCAUCAGAUAGGCCUAUGUCACAGGCAUAUAAUUAUAGCAAAUAGAAAUGAAAAAUCUAAUUGUCAAUAUAGAAAAUUGUCUGAAAAAUACUUAAAUGAACAUAUUCAGAAAGCCAUAUUUCACUUUGAAUUGACUUUGGAAUAUGAAAAAUCAUUUCAUUAUGCUUACAUAGAUUUGGCAAAUGUAUAUAGAGAAGCAAAGCAAAAUAAGAAAGCAGAGGAAACAUUCAAAAAGGUACUGGCGUUUGAAAAUCUUAUAGGAGAAGAUAAACAGCAAAUUCUUUUCCAGUAUGGUCGUUUUGCAGAAUAUUCUAAGAAAUCUGAAUGGGAAGCUAUGGAACAUUACAAGGAAGCACUCCUGAUACCCUGCUCUUGGAUGAAUAGCGAGAAAUGUGAAAGGGAUUUGCAAAGGUUAGCAAUGAGAAAGAUUAGGAGAGACCCAAGUGAAGCAACUGGUUAUGGCUUACUUGGACUAGUGUAUAAAGUGCAAGGAAACAUCACCAAGGCAGCUGAAUAUUAUGAAAAAGCCCUAAAGCACGACCCUUCCAAUGAUGAAUAUACCAGGGCUCUGUGUGAAUUAGCAAUUUUGUAA